GCUAUGGAGAGCAGUUCCACAGGAGCGCGAGCCGAACCAUCCUGAAAGAGAGAGAAGGCACGAGCGAGGAGAAAGGAGGACAUACUGAAAGUGCCGAAACGCACAGACACACGGAGAAACCAUGGAGGCUAGACCCACGAACCGGAGGACAGUACCUAAUAACGGAAUGCGACUUUUAACGUCCUUUUUCAUCCUGUGCGGAGCCGCCGCAGGUGUAAGCAGUAACCAGGUGGUCGUCCCUGACAAAGUGAACGCGGUGCUGGGGAAGAACAUCACGCUUGGCUGCAAGAUCCUGGUGGAGCCCAACCUGAGUCUGACUCAGAUCUCCUGGGAACGCCGUCUUCCAUCGGGUCCCAUCACCUUGGCAGUGUUCAACCCCGAGUACGGAACCUCGUACGCCCUGGAAUACGGCAAGCGCAUCUCGUUUGUUUCCCCGUCCAUACGGGAUGCCACUAUCAUCAUCGAAGGAGUUGGUUUUGCUGAUAUCGGGUCAUACACCUGCAAAGUGGCGACUUUUCCUCUGGGCAACACGCAAGCGUCGACCUUUGUUAACGUUUCAGUGGAGCCCAAGGUGUACGUGUCUGCAGGCCCCGCGGCUCUCCUUGACGGCGGGGACGAGGCGCUGGUGGCCACCUGCAUCGCGGAGCGCGGGCGGCCCGCCGCUGAGGUGUUCUGGGAGGCCGAGCUGUACGGGCGAUCUGAGAAGCAAACUCAGGAGGAAGUCAACGGCACCACCACGGUGCGCGUCAACUACAUGUGGAAGCCCCAGAGCUACGCCCAGGGAAAGAUGCUCACCUGUGUGGUGCGCCACCCAACUCUGCAGACAGAGUUCCGCAUACGCUACAAGCUAAAUGUGCAGUUUGCACCAAAUAUAUCCAUACAAGGAAUUAAUAAAAUCUGGUAUGUGGGUCAAACAAACGUGAGAAUCACCUGCACAGCCAAAGCCAACCCUCCUGCUCAUGACUACAAAUGGAUCAGGUUGGAUGGAGCCAUGCCGGAGGGUGUUAAGAUUUCAAAUAACAGCCUUUCUUUCACACGCCCGCUAGAGCGCAAUGAUUCUGCAAUCUAUCGCUGCGAGGUGACUAAUGACAUUGAUCGCAGCACUCACAAUGUCAACUUCUGGGUUCAAGAUCCCCCCCCCACCACUGCGGCCCCCAGCACCACCGCCUCCCCCAUCCGCUACGCGUCCGGAACCGGAACAGACAUGGACCGCCGCCGAGCCCUGUUCACCUCCCCCACCCUGGCCUCGGUCCACGACAGCAGCUUGGGCACCAUAAUCGGCGGGGCAGUGGGCGGCGUUCUCUUCCUGGUCCUCCUGCUCAUCCUCGGGGGCGCUUGUUUUAUGCGCCAGCGCAGGACCUUCAGAGGGGACUACUACACCAAGCAGUACCUGGGACCCUCCGACAUGCAGAAGGAAUCUCAGAUAGACGUCCUACAGCCGCACGAGCUGCAGGAGGUUUACGGGGACAAGACAAGCAAGGGCAGCCAGGAGCUGAAACCCAAACUGGGCGGGGACAUCAUUUACCCCGACUACACUCCGGAGCGGAAGGACAGGGACGACUGGAACGACAGGGGGGAUGGCCCCAGGGUCACGAAGGAGGGGAACUAUUACCCAGAUCACUACAACAACCAAAACAUGCACCCCUGCGGGCCUCCCGUGCACAGCCCCAUUGUUAACAAUGGCUCCCCCUACCUUCCGGAGGACUGCUACGAAAACGGUACAGACAGCGACUACGUGUCACACAUGGACGGAUCUGUGAUUUCACGCAGAGAGUGGUAUGUGUGAGGACAACUAGGGACAAAACGGCGAACAUCCAAAUGGGAUUAAGUCAACAAGUGACAGACUUCAAAGGAUGCAUCGAUUUAUUUAAGAAGCAGAAAUUAAAUUUAUAAGCUUUUCACAUUGAGCUUCUUGAAUGGUUUUGCUCCGCCUUGAUUGUAACCACUUAACCUUAAGGAUGUUUUCUGGGGAUUGUACUUCCGAGUUUGUAGCGAUGAGCUGCAACGAAGCUGGAACGCCUCAAAAGAUAUGACCUGUUUCUGCUUUGGCCUCCAGUGACGUGUCAAAUCAAUGUGAACGAGGUUUUGUUGCCCUCUGGUUUGUGUUUGCACCUGUUUCGUACACGGUCGGCUGUUCCACGCCCUCGUUGGCCAAGUAUUUAUUCCGCAGACUGAACGGGCUUUGCUCUCCUGAAGCCUCACAACUUCUGCCGCGUCUAGAAAAGCUAUCUCAUGAGAGUUCGUUGUGCAUUUUCACACACAAGUGAAGAGUUUAUUAUGGCUGAAACCAGUAUUUAAAGCAAAUUAUAUUGCAUGCUUUCUAAAAAACAAAGGUAUCAUUAAGUGAAAGGGAAGUUUACAAGAUGAAAAGGGAGACUUGCUGGCGCGUCGUACAAAGGGUGAAGCAAAGCAAUGGAUCUCAGUAUGUAGCAGUGUAGGCAUGGGCCGGUAUGAGAGUCUCAGGGUUUCCUAACUGGAGGGAAAAAAAAUACUAACAUAAUGCUAUUUAUUCAGAAAAGUAAAUUAUAUGAUUACUUUCAUUUAAAAACAAAAAGCAACAAUUUUUGUAAUUUAGUGGUAAAAAUGUAACCUCCGUUUUCUGUAAAAAUUUAUUUAUUUUAUUUUUUUUUUUACAUAUUUAUUCAAAGUGUUGCUAUGUCGUGACAGCAUAACAUGAGACAGACAAUCUUUGAAAAAUUUUGGCCCCUCCCAGUCGUCCUACUGCCAUCUGCAGAAGAGCAAGGGGGAGAAUGUGAGCAGCGUAUACACAAGCUUGAUUCACUGCGCUAAGACCCUCCUCCUGGCUCCGAUUGGCUGAGUGGGAGCGGUGUGUUUCUGCAGAUGGCUGUAGGACCACAAGGAGGUUGUGGAGGAGCUUGAUGUUUUCCUAGAUUAUCUGUGUUAGGACAUAGUAGCAGUUUGAACAAAUGUAAAAAAACUUUUUUUUUAUGAAAGUGACAUUUUGCAGCUUUAAUACAAGAGGUGGCACUCAGUUUCCUUUAAAUGAGGGAAAAGCGUUGGAGUUUUUUUUUUCAGCCAGCUGACUGGUAGGGCUUAGCAACAAGUGCACUAGGCUGCCCCUCCUGCACUUGUUGCUAAGCCCUACCAGUGCUGUGCUCUCUUUCUUUCUCUGGCAUCGUUUUGAAAAAGCUUUAAACAAAUUUUCUUUGUCAUUUUAAAGUGUUUUUAGAACCCUGUUCCACCCUGAUCGCGGUACCAGCCCAUGCCUAACACACACCCUGACCGACAUGAACAAUGUUUGGUAUCAUAGCUCAGUCAUCAGCCGUUCACCAUGUCACCUACACACUUAAGAGAUCAGACACUGUGGAAAACACCUUUACUGUGUCAGCUGCUCCCAAAACUUUAACACCCACAGUUGUCAUAGCAACAGCAUUUUUUAUUUUUUUCUGGUAGUGCUUUUUUUAUUUUUUUAGUUCAAAAGAAGUGUGCAAAUCUCAGGUUGCUCUUUGAAGCAGUUUAUUCAAAAUAAGUUCUGCCACCAGAAUCUGACUUUAAGUGUGUCAGACGGUCAAACCCUCUCAGUCUGUGGAGACGUGCAGCACGUCACUGGCAGCUCCUCCUGGUCCUCCAGCUCCUCCUGCUCCUCCAGCUCCUCCUGCUCCUCCAGCUCCUCCUGGUCCUCCAGCUCCUCCUCGUCCUCCAGCUCCUCCUCCAGCUUCCUCUCCUUGUCGCUUCUUCGAAAAACUCAAACGGAUAAGCUGAUGAAAAAGCGAUGAUUGCAAGCAUUGACUGUGCCUGACUUUACGCAGAAUAAUCAAUUUUGUUUCAAUCUUCGCUCCGCCUGAACACUUAUCAGCUUCGGCUUUGCUUGGGCUUUGUUUUUUUUUGUUGUUGUUGUUUUUCUACCUUAGAAAUCACAAGCACAUAUCUGCCAGAAGCUCUUGUUAUUUUGACUAAGUGCAGGAGACAGAAGAGUUUUGACCUGGUUCUAAAAGUGGAGCAGGGAAAGUCAAAUCUGUUAAUUAUUGUCUAUUUUGUUUUCUUCAGUAGCCAUACUUUAGAAGUGCUUUAUUCGCUGAAAGUGUCAGUGAACUCAUUCAGACUGUUGUCUGGUUUCGAUCAUUUGCUCUCAGUAUUUUCAGCCGCCCCAAUAUUUACAACGGACUCUCCCAUCAGGUGAACACCGACAUGGUUUAAAGUCUAGUGUUAACUGCAGAUUGUGAUUCCCACAUUCUGUUUCUGAAAACUUCCACAUGCCAAUGCAGAUUGAGAACUAAGAAGAUUUAGUUCACAUAAUAGUUUUCAAAAUACUUCCUUGUUCCUCAGCCAUUAGUUAUUUAUGUUUGGGAUCAGUAGUGAUGUAACAUGUGAGAGAGCUACAAUAAUAUUAUACUAGGGAUGCACCAUAAAUCGGCACUAGCAUCAGUUACCAGCCAUAACAAUAUUAAUAUUGAAUGUAGGCCCAAAUUGUUGUACCUGUGCAUCCCUUUAAAAACAGUUUACUAAAGAAUUUGAAAAUAAAAAUAAAAUAGUCAUAGACUUCUCUUUGGCAUCUUAGUGCCUUUAGUACUAAUAGGAUCAGUCUGGGAUCCUAUUCAAAAGAAUUUCAAUCCUUACAUUUUGUCCGAGACUUCCAGAAAACAUUUCCAAAUUCAGCAUUUUCUAUAACAUUAAAAACUCCAAAGAACCAAUCAGAGCGCCUGUGGUGUGUUCUCUUCAGCCGUCUUCCUAUCACUUUAAAAUGAUUCCCUGGUUCCUAUAACUCCGUUCUGCCGCUGUCUUCACUUUCAAACACCUAGUUGAUGCUGAAAAUAGCUUCCUAGCUCUUCCUUACUCACUAAGAACUUCCACACCAAAGAGUGUUGUCAGCACAUCUUAGCUCACCAAUCGGAAAAACAGUUUUUCUUUUGAAAGUCGGCUGAUCACAAGGUCAUUCAAGCAGAAAAUUAUCUCAAUCUCAAGUUGUGUAAAACUGAGGUUUGAUAGUAACUGAAACCAAAUCUACUGAUAUGGUUAUUGACAUAAGAUCAUGCAGUCAUAAAAAAAGCGCAGCUCUGUUAUUAAACUUCUCAGUAAGUUUCAGAACCGCCCCUGUUUCCCUGCUGAGGCCUGAUAGCUCUUUUCCGUUUUCCCUCCUGAAUAUUUUCAGAUUUCUGUCUCUCAGACCAACUGGCCAUUAAAGUUUUGUUUUUUGGGGUUUCUUUUUUACAACUGCAGAUCAAAGGAACCUGUUAUAAAUACCAGAUGCGAGUGAUACGGCUGUCAUCAUCUGACAUUAUGUGGGCUGCGUAAACCACCAGCAGUUCUGCUGCUGCUGCUCGUCGCUCCGCCGUCGCGGCUCAGGAUCUCCAACUCGCAACAAAAAGAGAGGCAGAAGUGGCAAACGGAUCCCUGGGAGUUCUUAGUUUUGUUUGAAAAUAGGAUUAUUGAGAUGUGAGCAGCUGACGUCACUGCAGAGCAUGCUGUAAUGUUGGGGUUUGGCUCCUCUCGAGGAUGUGGAGCGGCCAUGGAAACAAGAAACUUAAUCUGCGAGUUAAAAAAAAAAAAAAGAGAGAAAUCUGAAGCGUGGAGGUCAGGGAUGUAUGUGUAAUGGCUCCCUGUGGAAGAGAUACAUGUUUCUUUCUUUCCCCACAAGCAGCAUUUCUUGUGAAACUAAGUUGAAACAAAAGAGCUGACAUCAUCAGCGAUCUCAUCCUUUCCUGCUUGGUUCGUCCCGACACUUUUCCACUCAAAGCUUUAGCGUUGUUUCCUCAGGAUUGAUACAGAGAUCAGUGGCCUUUGCCAAGUCUCACCGCAACCAAACAGAAAGGAAAAUCUUUCUUUUGCCAAACAAGUGUUGGUAUCAGACAAGAGCAAAACACAGCUAUCCAAAACAAUCUGGUUCUUUCUGACAAUGAACUUUCACCCUUUAAGUCACAAAUUACCUGCCAGAGCUGCAGAGUCAUGAAAUCACUUUAAUAGAACCUGUUUGACACCAUGAACUGGUCUAAGAUUGAAUGAGAAACAAUUUCACUGAGAUCUAUCAGCCUUGAAAAAGUGACAGUCAUGUCUAAGGCUUUGGGACUCCAGCUAACUAUGCUAUCACAUAUGGAGCUGACAUGGAACAGUGGUGAACCUUCCAGAAUAAUGUUUAAAGCUAUCCAGGCCUCAGUAAACUCACUUAAUGUGAGCGUUCAUGAUUUCAUCAUAACAAUCAAACUGAGUAAAAAUGACUUUCACAAGAACUGAAAAGAACACUAAACCCUCUCACAUUAGAAUAAUAUAGUCACCUUCCUAAAAUAAAAGUCGGUGUCAAUUUUCAACAUAAGUGUAUUUUGGUUUUGGUUUUUUUGGGGGGGGGGGCUUGCCUAAACAAUUUUUUGACAAAACCAGGCAGUGAUUUGACUUGGGCCGUUAUUUUAGGAAGGUGACAAAAUGAUAAAACCAAAGACUUUUAGAAGGAUAUUCUGUGAGCUGGCUAAAUAAAAGUGGAGCUUCAUGGAGGAUGUGGAUCCUGUUACUUCUGCUUUUAAACGAAUAAAAUGCUUGAUAAAAACAACAACAAGCAGCCCUCAGAUGUUUGUAGUGUGACGUUCGGGUACAGUCCUUCCUGCUUCAGGACCUGACCGUCUUGCUGAGUUUGAUUGAACCAUGAACCGAGCACAACAGCUCAAGGCAAAUGUUAGCGACAGUUAGCGACCCUAAUAAUCAAUGGAACCUUAUGCAGAAGAAAAAUAAUUAGCAAAAUUAAUACAAAAACCACAAAAGCAAGUCCACCUCUAAAUGGCACAAAGCAACAAAUCAAGUGAAGUUUUUUUGGAAUGCCCUGAUCAAAUUCUGGUCUUUAAUUCAAUUGAGAUGUUGUGAUGUUAACUUAACUCUCCCGCGGUCGUACGAGACAAGGUCCAUCAAAACCCUGCAAGUUUUUUACGCUGUGCGCAGUUUGGCGGGGUAGCGCUGACCCUGGGUUUUAUUCAUGUGUGGUUUCGGGAACUGACGAUCUGACCGGACAACCCUCCCCAACUCACCCCGCUGUCCGACCGUGGCGUGCUCCUCCUGAGCAUGGCGGUAAGACAUGAGACCACAGGUGGAGGGUUAAGUAGCCCAUUUGUGCUCCAACACCAUAUGGGGCGGCCAAGUUAAAAACAAACCUGCAAAGAAGAGUGGACCAAAAUGACUCUAGAGGCGACGUGAAAGACUUUACCGCUGGUUGCUGCCAAAAGUUCUUGAAGCCAAAAGCAGCAAACCAGCUCUUAAGUUUAAUAGGCAAUUCCAAUUUUUGAUUUAAUAAAUAAAAUUACUUGUACAGAAAAUGGAUGGAUGGCUGGAUUAUUAUUAUUGAUCUUAUCUUAGUCGGAUAUAAAAAUUUGUUUGAUUGAGACGUUUUUAAUUUGACCAAACAAAGCUAAAACCAGAAGGCGUACGUCGUAACGGAUUCAGGUCGAGGCCUUCGUUUUUGUCGGGGGGUGUUGGAGGAUUUGAAAGAUUUCCGGCGCACGUCUCCACCCCUGGUUUUCUCAUGGCACGGCUCCGGGUCGAAGGGUUUAGAUGUCUCAGAAUAAACUGCUUUAAUCAAGGCUCUCACUCGCGCCGUCGCCACACAUCUGCCACUGCGGCCCCACAUGGAAGGAGCCGUCCUCACCUCAAAACCUUCAGCUUUUUAAUCAGCUUUUAUGCCCUUCAGCCUCGGUUUGGGUUUUAAAGCAACACUGAUUUAAUGGAUGAUUUUUCUUUUUAAUUUUUAUUUGUUUGUUUUCCCUUUUUGUGUGUUUUUCGGUUUCUUGCUCACCAACUGGUUGCAUGUGCAGCUACUUGCUGCCAGUUCCAUCACUAAUGUUUAUAUUACAUGUACAUAUUAGGUCUAGUAUUGGCGUGGGAUUAGUUGUUCUCUGUCGUUCUGGGUUUGUUCUGGACUCCCUUACUGAAUAGCUGGUGCCUUAAGUGGGCUGAGCAAUGCACAGAAACUUUAAAAGCUGACAGAUACUGAAAGCAUUAAUGUAAAGAUUAUUAUUAUUAUUAUUAUUCAAAAGAGGGCAGAUGUGCCUUUUUUUUAAUACGUAUGCCAACUUUCAUAUUUAAGAUUUGCUGUUGCCAAGGCAGCAGAGUUGACAAAAGGUUUGUUAUCAUGCCUUACAGAGUUUAAAAAGGACACAUGUAACAAGUUGGUUACUGGGAAAAUUGUAAUAAAGCAAUGUUUCACUGGGAAUUUUGGCGAGCCAGGUUCAUAGAAAAUAUUAUUUUCCUGUAAAUAUGCUGGCUUUUUUAUUAUUAUUAUUAUUAUUAUUAUUAUUAUUAUUGAAGAAAAAUCUUCUUUUUUUUGUAUGAGGUCGGUAAUUUUCACAGACUAUUAGUUAUCUUACGAGCUUUCAGCGGGCUCCUGCCUCGCAAUAAGGCAGAGACCCGGUUUUCACUGCAUUUUGUAUGGAGAGUCGCUGAUCAACUGUUUUGUACGGCGUUCUGCGAAUGAUUGAGGUCUCACAGGAAUCAAGAGACGAGCGGGUGGUAGAUUUUCUCUUCUGUUCUUUCGUUUGCAAUAAAAACGUCAUCGUUUUCAC